ACCGACGAGUGUCGGUAUCUGUGGGGCUGCUAGUCCUCAUCGCUAUGGGCACUGGCGUCACUGGUCAAGAUCCGUGCAUGCCCAGCAACUACAUUGAACUGAAUGAGCCAUGGCGGAACGUCCAACAGACCAACGACGGUACCCAGAAUAUGUGUGACAAUGGGUUUGCCGGAGAGUGGUACCGCUUCACGGGUGCAGCGGGAGAAGCCAUGCCGACACAGGCACCACCGAGCGUGCACAGGUGCGGCACCGACGCCCCGAUGUGGAUGAACGGACAACAUCCCACCCUUGCUGACGGUGAAGUCUCCCGCCAGGCGUGUGCCUUCUGGGGCAGUAACACAUGUAGGUGGGACACAACCAUCCAGGUGCGGGCCUGCAGUGGCGGCUACUUCGUGUAUAAACUCCCCGCGACUCCUGUGUGCAGCCUGGUCUACUGCGGUGCCGGUGCGAUGAGUGUUGAUGGCGGCUGGUCUGACUGGGGAUCAUGGUCCGCCUGCAGCGUGACAUGUGGAGUUGGUGAGCAGACUCGGGACCGAACCUGUACCAACCCUGCACCAGCUAACGGUGGGGCAGACUGUGAUGGGCUGGCUCAGGAGACACAAGCAUGCGAUACAGGGGUGUCCUGCGCAGUUGAUGGCGGUUGGUCUGACUGGGGCCCAUGGUCUGACUGCAGUGUGACAUGUGGAGUUGGUGAGCAGACUCGGGACCGAACCUGCACCAAUCCUGCACCAGCUCACGGUGGGGCGGACUGUGAUGGACCAGAUCAGGAGUCACAGGACUGUGAUACAGGGGUGUCCUGUCCAGAUUGCUCGGACCUGUACCCUGGCCUGAGCCCAGCCAGGACCUUCCGCAGGUACCAAGACCACUGCUUUUGGGCCUCUGCCAGGAUCAACGGGCGGCUGGACUACCGGGCAGCCCGACAAGAAUGCGAGUCCAACGGCGGGACGUUGGCUCUGAUCAAAGAUCCUGGUGUGCAGGAAUUCAUCAAUAACCACCUGAAGAACGGUAGAGGCAAGAGACCAUGGAAGUACUGGAUUGGCCUGGAUGACAUGAACACGGAGGGUGAGUUCAUGUGGAAUGACGGGACCCCGCUGGGAAGCUAUCGUAACUUCCGGUCCGACAGUGCUCACGUGGACAUGGACUGUGUGGUACUGCGGAGGACUCGGCGCCAGUCGCACUGGGACCCCAUGGACUGCGGUGUGAGCCUGCCCUUCAUCUGCCAGUUCGAUUACAAUGUGAACCAGUAAGAUGAUGAUGCACGUGAUGUCAGCAGAACAGCCUUAUGACGUCAGGACAACAUUAUAGCAGCACCAGAAUGUUGUCAAAGUUAUACAAGUAAUGAAA